AUUAUCAAUUUAACAAUGGGAAAUGAUAAGGCAAUCACGUGAUUUCGCACUGCGUAGUGGUAAAGAUCAGUAACCACGCACGAGAAAAAUUUUCUUCAUAUUUUAUUAUAUCAAAAAAUUAGAAUAUUUUAAUUCAAACUAGAACAUUAUACAUAUACAAUAUAAAAUAUUAGUUUACCGUGUACAUAGAUCAAAGAAAUAUACAGUCUGUUUCGUGUAGUAUUGAAUGUAUAUAUAUAUUUGUCGAUUUAAAGUCAGUGUUAAGUUUCGAACACAGCAUCACAGUAUAAUUAUGUUAAAUAUUCAUUAAUAGUAGACUUUAGACACUACGUGUGUUACUGGCUUUGUGUAAAAAUUAAAUCUACCCUUUUAUAAUCCUUUGUAAUCUAUUGAACUCAACCGAAAGAGUAUGAAGAUUAAAGGCGUUUCUUCAUACUGUGAAAAAUUCGUUUGUUAAAAAUACAUAAAUGUGCAAAUUUACAUUUUAUAACAGAAUAAAGUUCACAGAGUAAAGACCAUCACCUAUUAACAGAAACUCCUAUAAUGUAAGAACUAUGUCAAAAGGAGUAAAUUUUAUAUGUGGGUGUUAUUUCAUCGCAACACCGAUAUGCUUGCGAAUAUCAACGAUGUAUAUAUAUAACGUUAUUAAAAAGUAAUGAAAAAAAUAUGCAUACAUACAGAUCUACAGUUAUUGUAUAUGAAAAUUUUUAUUGGCUUGUUCCGAUUGGGAAAACAUUCAAUACAUCGAUAAGGUUAGAAAACAGGCAUCAAUCAUGAAGAGUCCUGUAUCUAAUCAUUUGAAUGGGAAUAAUCAUCAUUCUAUCUCAUCACAAAAUGUAUCUCCAUGUAUUGUGUCUCGUUAUGGAAAUAUGUCUAACAAUUAUCAAGUACUGAAAGUUGCUGGACGAGAUUCUAACUGUUACAUUGCAAAUAACAUUGUCCCAAAAAUUGGUAAACAGCAGCUGGUGUCAUUGAAUGGAAGUUCUAUAUCCUGCAACAGUGUGAAUAUUAAUGAAGCUUUGGCAUGUGAUGUAUCUUCUAUGCCUACUGUAAAAACUAAGGCAUUAUGUGUCCAUAUUCGAGAGAAUAAAUGGUACGAUGCUGGUAAUGUAGUUUCUGUAGGAGUUGCUGGGACUAGUUUAAAUCAUGCAUUGGAAAGUAUGUCUCUAGCUUAUAAUCCCACUACAAAGCAAAUAUAUUCUUUAGAGGAAUCCAAUGAAUCACAAUUGGAUUCUAAAUCUCAAUAUUUAGAUUCUCCAUGUGAUUAUAAAGAAGAAUCUUUAAAUGAUAAUUUCAAGGUUGAUGAGGAUAAAUAUACAAGACUGGAAGGUGGUAGUGCAAACAGUAGUCCUAGGAAUAGUCUACCACGUUCUUGUAGCAGUACAGUGUCUUCCCUUAGCGAAGUCUCUCCUUCUGGAAGUUUUCUGGGUUGUGAUGAUCAACAAGUUACAGAAAGAACUGAGAAAUCUAAGCGUUGGGGACUGAAUACAAUUUUUUCAAAAAACGUAUUUUCAUGGAAAAACAAAGAUUCUCAACAGUCCACACCUGCAAGCAGUCCAUCAAGAAAUGUAGAUAAAGUAGGAGGAAGUUUAGCUUUAAUUCAACAGCCAAGACCAGCUAAUCUGCCAGCUAAGAAUGCAGUUGAAGAAGAACGUCAUCGCAAACAGUACAGUGCUAUUUUAGAAGCAGCAAGGAAAAGAGAAUUAAAAGAAGAAAAGGAACGUAAACAGCAAAGAGAAUUGCAACUUAAAGAAGAAGAAAGAUUAGCAGAAGAUUCUCAUACUUGGAAUGUACAUAUUCUUCCUAAAUUUGAAAGUGUUAAAAAUACAAAAAGAGUACGUGAAUUAUGGUGGCGUGGUCUUCCACCUAGUGUCCGUGGCAAAGUGUGGAAAUUAGCAAUUCCAAAUAACUUGAACAUAACAACACAUCUUUACAAUAUAUGUUUGGAUAGAGCAAUAUCAAGUCCUAUAAGUGAAACAUUAGCUGCAAUCAAAUUAGAUGUAUCUCGUACUUUUCCUACUUUAUGUGUCUUUCAAGAAAAUGGACCAUUAUCUAAUAGUCUUCAAGGUAUUUUAGCAGCCUAUGCAGUUUAUAGACCUGAUGUAGGUUACGUACAAGGUAUGAGUUUUGUGGGUGCAGUAUUAUCAUUAAACAUGGAACCUCCAGAUGCCUUUACCUGCUUUGCUAAUUUAUUAAAUCAUCCUUGUCACAGAGCUGCUUUUACAUUAAAUCAGAAACAAAUGGAUAUUUAUUACAAGGUAUAUUCUAGUGCACUGGCACAUAAGUUACCAAAAAUUUUUUCUCAUUUUACAGUGGCUGGUCUUAGCCCAGAUUUAUAUUUGUUAGAUUGGUUAUAUACUAUAUAUGCUAAAGCAAUGCCUCUGGAUGUUGCAUGUAGAAUUUGGGAUGUUUUUCUUAGGGAUGGGGAUGAGUUCCUCUUUAGAACAGCACUUGGUGUGUUGCACCUAUAUCAAGAAGAAUUAUUAAAGAUGGACUUUGUACAUGGAGCACAAUUUCUUACUAAAUUGCCAGAAACUUUACAGGCAGAAGCUCUAUUCAACAGUAUUAGUCAAAUGUCUACUACUGUUGGAACAACAACGUUCCAACAAAUGUUAGUCCAAUUUUCUUCAUUAUAAUUUUGUGAAUUAUAAUGAAAAAUAUAGAAAGGUAGUCAUAUUUAUAAAAAAAAGAAUGAAUCUCAAAUACUAUUUUUGUUAGUGUGAUCAGUAAAAUAUAUUCUCUAUGCUGGAAAUUUAAAUAUUAUU